UUUGGUUUUGCUUUUGGUGGUUUUGAUACGGGCAAUUCGUUUUUCCAAAAGCACCGUAUUUCGAUGCGAUUGUUCUCGCACAGCCUGCUGGAGCGUAGUCACACCCAGCCUUUCAUCAUAUUUGCAUAUUCCGGCUAUUGUCAGCUUUGUUUUCGACUGGAACCUAUCUGGCGAAAUGUUGUUGAAGAUCUCGAACCACUUGGCUAUGGUAUUGGUACAGUAAAUGCAAUGACUGAUGGAAAUUUGUUGGAAAAGCUGCGCAUCUCACGAUUACCAUCCGUUGUGGUGGUUGUUGAAGGACGAGUGAUUCAUUAUCGAGGCACCAUGCAGCCUCUUUCUGCAAAAGGUUUGCGAAUAUUUGCACGUGAUGUUAUCCCAAAUACAUUCCUGAUCAAAAUUACAAAUCACGAUGGUUUACGGCGUUUUGUUGAUCAGUGGAAGACAUUCAACAGAAUUUCGGUCGUAAUUUUCGGCAGCAAAGAGGAUCCACGAAUUCGCUAUAUGCUUAUGGCAAUGAAAUAUGCGAAAUUUGCACGAUUUGCAUAUGUUUAUUUAAAUGAUCAAAGUACAGAUAUAGUGAAAAUGCGACAAGCUUUGAAUAUAGUUUGCUUUAACUGCGAAACAAUCCUUAUUUUUAACGAUUUUCCACAGGUAUGCUAUAGUUUUUAUGCGUUUUAUGCUAUGUAA